AUGAAUAAUUUGAAGUUGUACAGAUGCAAGCAUUUAACUGAGAUAUAUGCUAAAAAUAAGGAAAUCAAUGAAUACUUAAAUAUUCUACAAUAUCUUGAUUGCUCAAACAGCGAAGGUGUAAGAAGUUUUAAAAUAUUUAUUUUCAAUAAUUCGUAUAGUGCACUACAAGAAAAAUAUGUUGAAAAGGAGGAGCAUGAUAGUGAGGAGUCUCUUAAAGAGUGUAACCGAACAACGGAACAAGAAAAAAAAAUAUUAGAUAGUAAAAAAGUGCAAUAUAUGGAAUCAUUUGAAAAAAAAUUAACAGCUCAAAAUAAUGGAAUAGUAAAUAAAGAAGAAAAAAAAUAUUAUGAAAUAUUUAUUUUUUAUAAUAACACAUUUUGUACUGAUUUGAUAUAUGACACUUUAGCACUGGACAUAUAUGAAGUGCCUUUUAAGAUUGAAACUAUUGAAUUUUUAAAGGAGAUAUUGAUAAUGUGUAAAUUGUCAAAUGACAAAAAUGUGAAGGAGGAUAUAUCAGAAUGUAAUAAUUUGUUAAUUUGUUAUUCUAAAAUAUUUAAGUUAAGAAAAAUUUUUGAUUCGUUAGGUUUACAAAAUGUUAGCUCUUUCGUUGGAACACUUAUAAAACUUCCUUUGGAAAUAAAUUUAGAUAAAAGUGAAAUGUAUGAAAAAAUUAAAACAGCCACAACAGAAUUCUUGCUUUUCUCGAAGAAUAUAAAAAAUAUUGACAUGGAGAUAAAUGAAGGCCAUAUUUCUAGAUGGGGAAAGCAUAACAAAGUUAUAAGUAUUUCUAAUUUAGAAAAAGAUUCAAAAUUAAGAAAGGAGCUAAGUUAUUUUUCUGUUGAUUACAAAUAUAAAGAAUUAGUAAGUCAAUAUGUCGUCUACCAAAGUGAAAUUAAAAGUAGUGAUAGAAGCAUGCCUGAUGAUGAGCAGCAGGAGCAGGUAGAACAGGACAAGUAUAACUACAGGGGUAAUAAGGAUGAGAUAUGGUUCAUCCAUAAACUCGAAAAGGAACCCUACGAAAAAGAUGAAUAUAAUGAAAUAAAUGUGGAAAAAGGAACACUCGAUAUUAAUAAUAGAUGUAUUAAAAAACUUACAGAUUAUCUACCUAUAUUUAUGAGGACAAAAAAUAACAAAACAACACUAAUAAAUGAUAUUAAUUCUGAAAACAAUUUUUGUUCCUCAUUAUGUGAUAUAUAUAUUGAAUUUUUGUUGUUACUGCGAGAAUUAAAUAUUUCCCUUUGUAGCUAUGACUUUUGUUUGUAUCUUCCACUGUUAGACAUAUCCAUUAAGCGAACAUUUGAUAAUCUUUGUUAUUUGUUAUAUAGACAAUUAUUUGAUGAAGAAAGAAAGUUAAAAUUAUUUUUUAACGGUCGAGUAUGGUUAAGUUUUAGUGAAUGUAUAUUUAUUUCAGAAGAUUUAAAAGAAGCAUUUUAUUUGGGUUUAUCUGAUAUUAUAGAAUAUUCAAAUGAGAAAAAUUUCCUCUUUUUAAGUAAAAAGGUUAGAAAUGCUUUAUUAUACUAUUUGAAUAUAUUAUAUAAUGACAAAAAGUACAAUUUAAUUACAAAAAUUUGUAAUCAUAAUUUGAAAUAUAUAGACAAUGUUUCUUUAAAUUUUAAGGAUAUAGAUACAGUAUUUCAUGAUGAUAACUUAUUAAAAAACCAACUGGAAAAGAGCACUAAUAAGUUUUUAUGCGAUGUUAUUAUAAAUAAUUUGCCAUAUGUACAAUAUGAAAAUUGUCUGCCAAUUUUGGUUUAUUUAGUUCAAUUAGAUGAAGAACUUAUAGAUAAAUUUCUAAAAGAAUGUCCUUGUUUUCCUAAUGAGGAAAAGAUUUUUAAAAGUAUUAAUGAAUUAGUAUUUCCAUUAGACAAAGAAUAUUACGAAAUAUAUAUGGAGAGAAGCAAUAAGGAGGGUAAACCUACUUCAGAUGAGGAUAGACAGAAUGUGAAUAUGUUACUUAAACAGAAUGACAAAAACGACAAUGAUGGAAAAUGUACAAAUCCAGAAUCGAAUAACACAACGGUAAAAGGUUUUAUAAAUAGGGGAAACUUACUGUCUUUCGAUUUUGUUAGAAGGCUUAGAAAUAAAGACAUGGAAAAACUGAAGUCUUUAGGUCUAACAAUCAUCGAUGAACAGUAUAAAUUAAAUGAUAAUAUAAACGACAUUUUACUAGAUUUAAAUAAAUUAUAUUUUAGCAAAAGUACUUAUCAGAAUAAACUGAAAAUUUUGAACAAAAUAAUUGGCCAAUUAGAGAAAAACAUAAAUUACUUAGAUGAUCCUAUAAUAUUGCAAAAGUUGAGGGAACUUUUCUUUCUCCCCAUUUUUAGUAGUAAAGCAUUUAGUUACCUCAGCUUGAUAAAUGACUCAUCAGUAAAUGGAAGCAACAGUAACAAAAGUAGUAACAGUAACAAAAGUAGUAACAGUAACAAAAAUAGUAACAGUAACAAAAAUAGUAACAGUAACCAAAAUAGUAACAGUAACAAAAAUAGUAACAGUAACAAAAAUAAUAAUAAUAAUAAAAUGUUAUGUAAGAACGGUUUAAGGUCUACCACACACGGACGUGCUGCUAGUGACAAUGAUGGGGAUGAUUAUAUAGAGGAUAAUAAUGCUGCAAGGAGUAAUAUUUCCCACCUAUCGAAUAGUACAAAUAACAGAACUUGUAGGAACAUUACUGUGUAUACAAAUAACUACAUCAGCAAUAGUAAUGAUUUAUUUUUGGAGCACAUUACCGAAAAAGGAAAUGACAAAUAUUUGAAGGAUUUUAUUAGAAUAAAUGAGGGUUAUGAUAAAAAAUAUUUUAAUAUAGUUUUUUUAAAAGGAAAGAAUUAUACAAUGGAAAAAAUUAACAUAUCUUCAACUUUGAAAGACCUAUUAAAUUUACAUAAGAGACCCUCCAUAAAUGUUGUAAUGGAUCACGUCGAAUUGCUUACCAAAAAUUAUAAAAGCUUUUGUUUUCAAAAUAUAGCAAAGGUGUAUGAUGAUAUAUAUGAAUAUUUUGAAAAUUAUAUUUGUGAAAAUAAAUUAAAAGAAAAGUUAAAAAAUACCAUUAAAGGUGAAACAUUUAAACAUGACAUAACUGAUUCUAGACAAUUCCUAACGGAGGAGCAUCAAAUGUUUUUAGAUUAUAUACAAAAGACUAAAUAUAUUUAUAUUAAGAAUAAACUGUGGUGUGCUAAAGAUGUAUUCAUCACAAGAUAUACUAUUCCUUUUAACAUUUUUUUGUGUGAAUUACCGAAAUUAUUUAAAAUAAAAUACCCCAAUUUGUUAGAGAUGAGUUGUAUUCAAUUGAAGCUAAAGCACUCCAGGUUAGUUGCUAUAUUGAACAAGAUAAUCAAUAAAUUAGAGAACAAAGGGGGAAAACAGAAUGAAACUAAUAAAGGUGAUGAAGAUAAUAUGCAAUUAACUGGUUUACUAAAAAUUUCUUAUAUUAACACAUUAAACAUAAUUGACAUCUCCAUUUGUGAUCAGGCCCUUCAAUGUAUUGAGGACAAAAUCGUAGAUUCCAAUUAUGUGGAAAAGGAAAAUCUUUCAAAAAAUGGAAUAUCUAGAAGUAAUGAAAAAGCAAAUAAAAAAUUAGAAUGCCAAUGUUUUGAACAUAUUUAUUUGCCAAAUAACAAGUGCGUUUUGGUGAAAAAAGAAGAGUGUAUAUAUAUUAAAAAUUCAUUACUCCAUAAUAGCAGUUCGCAGAAAAAUAAAAUUGUUCAUAAGGACGUUAGGGAAAUUACUAUUGAUUUAUUAAAUAUACCAAAAAAGGAAAAAGUAAGUAGUGUUGUAAAUAAAGCCAAAACAAUAAUAGAAAAAAAAGUGUCUCCUAAAAUGAAACAAAAUUUAGUAAAAAUUGUAGGGAAGUAUAGACGCCAAACGCGAUCUCCUAACAUAACAAAAAUAAAGUGUUCUCUCCCAAGGGUCAGAAAGGAGAAGACAUGCAAAACGGAUAUGACAACUUGCAUAAAUAAAAAAUCAAUUAAGUCAAAUAUAAUCAACACAAAAAAGAAUGAAUCACUAUUAAAAUGGAAGAAUGAAGAAGUGUCUGUAAAUUUCAAAGAAAAGAGUGUAUUUUCACUAAAAAGUACCAUCAGCGAAAUUGUAGCUUCUGAUAAGAGUAAAAUGUCUCUAAAUAAUUUAAAAAAGAAUGAAUUAAAAAAAACAAGUGAGAUGAAUGAAAAUACAAUAUUUAAAGAAAUAAAGAAUUUCAUAUGCUUUUUAGAUGAUAUAGGAUGUUUCGAUAUAAAAUUUAUUAUAGACAAAAGAACUUUUGAAGUAGACAACCUUCCAAGACAUUUUUUUAAAAGAGCAUGUAUGUGUUUGUAUAUAAAGGUAAAAAAUGAAAAUUAUCAGAAAUUUUUGAUGGAUAAAGAUGAGCUAAAUAUAUAUGCUUCUUCUUAUAAUAUUAUAUAUAACAAGGAGAAAAUAAAUUUAGACACAAAUAAUUGCCAGCCGAUUAAAACGUAUGCUGAUUUAAUUUGUUUAUAUCUGUUUCAGAAUUUUCCACAAAUAGUAGAUUAUCUGAUAAUACUAAAUGGUGAUAACAUUUCUGAGUGGUAUUCAAAGGUAAAGGAGGGAAAUAGAAAUAAUGAACAAAGCAAUGAUACUAAUAUAGUUAAUAUAUUUUCUUUAAAUAGUUAUGACCAGAAAUUAUACAGUGAACUUAGCAUAUGUAACAGCAUAGAACAGAAUAAUUUUUCUCUUAAAGAAGAAGAUAUUGCAAGGAUGAACACUAUAAAUAAUAAUGCAGAUGAAACUGUAAAUUGGAAUGGAUGGCAUGAUAGAAAAAAAAAUAUAUAUAGAAAAAAAUGUUCAUUGGAUGAAAAGGAUGGGGAAUUUAUAAAAAAAUUUUUUUUAUAUAACUAUUUUUUUGCACACGCGGAAAAAAAAAAAAAUGAUGAAAAUGGAUUCCUUCGGAAACUCUCCAAAAUUAGAAGUAGUGUAACUAUGAAAGAGGGAAACCAAAAAGAUGUCAUCCAAAGGAGAAGGAUAAGGAUAAAUACGAUGGAGGGUGAAACAACAUAUGUUAGUUCGAGAAGGGUUAAAUCCGUGGAAGGAGAAGAUCAAUUAAAAGAAGCAAGCAGAAAUAUUUUAAACAAUGACGACUAUAGAACGAUAUGCAUUCGCCUGUACAACAAACAGAAGUUGUCACUACUAAAAAUUAUUGAAAAUGUAUUUUUGGAGUGUAAAAAAUUUAAUGAAAAAUUUUUUUUUUUUUCAAAAAAUUUAACCAAAUUAGAUUUUAUAAAAAUAAAUGAAAAAGAUGCAAGAGUAGAAAAUGUAGCCAGUUUAGGUAUUACUAUGUCUAAUAACCAUUUCCAUUUAAGAGAAAAAUUUUAUGAUUCUGUUGUUAAGAAGUCAGAAGAAAGGAAAAAAGAAGAUAAUAUAGAUAAGGAAGAAAAUGGAAAUUCGUCAUUAAAUUUAGAUGAAAAAAAUUUAGAAAUUUUUUUGCAAUGCCAAAUAUAUAAUGGUAGUAAGUCCAGCAGAUGGAUAAUAGGCUUAUUAGGAGAUGUAGGCAUAUCAAUAUGUUUUGAACAUUAUCAGAUUUUUCGUAAACAUUAUUUAUUUCAAAAUUUAAAUAUCAUCUCAAAUAUUGAUAGUUUACCUAUGCAUAUUAAAGUCAAUUUAUUUGAGAAUAAUAUUUAUAAUUUAAAAAAAUUGAAGAAAGAUAAAAAUUUGGAAAGCGUGAUAAAUAAUAUAUCUGUGCUAUAUGCACAUUUUUUAAGAUUAGCUCAUAGAAAUGCGGUAAAAAAAUUGUUUAAACAUGAUUCAAAUAAAAUAUUGUACAAACAUAAGGGAAAAUGGAUUAAAAGAAAAAAAAGCCAAAUGGAAAAAUGUUAUAAUAGCAACAGUGGAAACACUACAGAAACGAGCACAAACAAAGUGAAGGAUAAUAAUACAAAAAUUGAAAAGAUGAGCAGUAUUUUUAGGUGUAAUAGUGGCAUUAGUAAUGGUAAUAUAACCCUGGAUUAUAUAUACAAAAUAGAUAAGAGUGAAAUUAAAAGUUUUAAUGAAAUAUACCAAAUUUUUAAGAGCAAAUAUCUUAAUUUUAUUCCAAGAAAAUAUGACAAAAAUGAUUUUUUCUGUUCCGUUGUUAAAAAUGUAUUUUUGAAUUGCAGAGAACUUCAUAUUUUACCUUGUCUUAAAAAAAUUGAUAAAAUAUAUUCCUUAUUUUGGAGCAGUAUGUACAACUGUGUUAACAUAUAUCCCUUCUGCAAAUAUGUAAAUCAACUUACUUUUUUUUUGUUAGACUUAGGUUUAACUGUUCUCUUGCCCUAUUACGAAAUUGACAACAUUGUCCACUUGCAUAAAACUGUAAAUUCAACGAAUGUACAUAACAAGUACGGUGUGAAUAGUUCUAACAAGGAGAAUAAUGAUGAAUUGAGAUGUAAAAGAGAAAUAGAUAUUCUUACGAACUUGGAAAAGAAUAAUAAAGCUAUGCAUAGUUUCCAAGCACAUUACUCAGAUGAUAAGGGGGGAAAUGGUACCGUUACUCCGUUAACAAAAGAAUUUAACCAUGAAAAAAAUUGUGGACAUGUUCUUAACUUAACACCAUAUUAUUUGAGAAGUAUAAUAAAAAAGCAUAUUUCUAUUUAUGUAUGUUUUAUAAAAGAAUGUUUAAAUGAAAAGAAAAUUUCCUCCGUAGUUUAUUUACUGGAAUACAUUUUUUCAGAUUUUAAAAAACAUGAUGCACGUGAUACGUUAAUAACUUAUUUAAAGAGCAUGCCUUUGCUGUUUGUAUACAAUUAUAAUUCAUCUUAUUUAAAAAGCAAAAUAGACAACUAUAUAUGUAUAGAGGAUGUAAAAAAGGAUAAAAUAGUAUAUAAUAUAGAAAAGGAAUCGUCCGGUAAUAAUGAAAUGGAAUUUUGUAAAACGAAAUGUGAUGACGAGGAGGGGGAUUAUGAAGAUAGAACUAAUAAAUAUAGAGAUGAUAUGUAUGGGGAUGAUAAGUACAAAGAUUGUAUGCAUAAAGAUAGCAUGCAUAAAGAUGAUAGCUAUAAUAAUGAUACGAAUGAGACACAAAAUGAGAGCGAGGAUGAAGAUGUGAAUAAAAAUGGAGAUGGUAAAGUGUUAGAUUUCGUUGAUAACUCUGUGUACUCUUUUUCCAGUAAUACGAGGAAAAUUAGGAGAAAUAUAUAUUCUAUAUGCCUCGAUAACUUUGUUAAAAUUAAAAAUAAUAAUUUUGGUACAGAAGAAUUUUUUAAUUUUGAAUUUAUUCAUUUGAUUAAAUAUGAUGAAGACAAAAAAAUUUAUUCUUCUAAAUAUUUUUAUUUAUUUGAUUUAAAUAAUGUAAUUUUUAUAAAUGUACAUUUUUAUUCUAUGUCUUUUUUAUCUCUUCUACUGGAAGCAAAAAUCAUAGUAAAAUUAUGCUUUACGGAUUUGCCUAAUGUGUUGAAGCAUAAUUUAUAUUGUAAUAUUUUUCAUUAUUCUUCUUCACAUGACAGCAAAGAGGAUAGAGAAAAAAUUGUUUCCCCAUGUGAUAACUAUAAUGAAUUAACUUCUAAUGAUAAUAGUAGAAGUAACCAAAUGAAUUUGCUACCAUCCUACUCAAAGGAAUACUCAAAUAACAUUUAUGAAAAUGAAUAUUAUUGUUGUAAAAACAUAGAAGAAAAUAAUGACAAUGUUAGCAAUUCCUUUUACGAUGCAGUAAAAGUUCCUCAUGAUAUUAAAAUCAUUGUCUAUAGUAGACUCUUAUUAGAAAUGAUUAAUGAAUUAUAUAAUGAGAACAUGGAGACAAAUAUUUUACAGGCAUUAAGGGAUUUCCGUUUAUUAGUAACAUUUGAUAUGUUAACUCAUCAUGAGUCAUACGCAUUUAUGUAUGUACAUAAUGUAAGUGAUAUAAAAAACAUUAUAAGUUUUCAAUUUAAGGAUGUGCAUAUAGAAAAAAUUUUAUUUUUAAUAGGAUACAAGAAAAUGCAUAACAUAUUAUCAGCAAAUGCUAUUUUUACACAACAUUUAAUAAAUAAUUAUGAAGAUAUUAUGUUAUCAUUAUAUAGAAACAGGAAAAAAAUUAAUUGGUCUCUUUUAAAUAGGAGAGAGAGAAAUUCUCUUUUACAUACGUUUUUAUCAAAUAUAAAAUUUAAUAGUAACAAUAUUUUCUAUUUUAAAUCGUUACCCCUAUUUUACUCUUUGAACUCUUCUAGAUUUACAAAUUUGUUAGACAAAGAUAAAAUAUAUAUUAUAAUUCAUACAAAAUAUAUUGAUUUGAUUAUUCAUAUACUGUCAGAAUUUGAUUCGCAUAAUAGCAGUAUUGAUAAUUAUGGGAUUCACCAAAAUGGUAAGAAUAAUUUUUAUCAGGGUGAUACUAAGAUAAUUGAUUGCAGUGAUAGCCAUAAUAAUGAUGAGCUCAACAGGAUGAACAGCGGCGUUAUUGACAUGAAUACUGGUAAAGGUAUAAUGGACCCCAUUAACACAAAUAAAGGUAAUAAUAACAGUAGUUUUAAGAACAUAACAUUCAAUACCUAUAAUGUUUAUAAUAAUAAUAUGUCCUUAAAUGGAUGUGAUGGGGAAGACAAUAAUCCGUGUAUUAUUUCGAAAAUAUACCAAAAUAGUAUUAAAACAGAAGGAGAGAAUGCACAAAAUAGUAUGGAAUUAAUAAAUGGUACUUCAUACAGUGUGUAUAAAAGUACAGAUGAUAAUUUAGUUAUGAAAAAUUCGAAUAAUAUGAUAAAGACAAACAAGGAUGAAAUGAAAUCAAAAACGAAACAUAUAUUCAUACAUCAUUCUAACAUUAAUAUAAAGUACUGGAGACAUAUAAACAUUGAUUGUUGGUAUGGGUAUGACAUAAUUACUAAUUUUUUUUUAGAAUUUUUAAGAAAUUGUACGAGUGAGAACAUAUUUCAGAAUAUUAUGCUUUUUAUAUAUAAAGAGUAUGAAGAAAUUUUUGAAAAAAGAAAUUUUCAAAUGAAGCAAAAAGGAAAGGUUAAAAAUGACGCAGAUAUUACACAUGAUACAGGUGAUAAUAUAUAUGGUGUAGACAACAUGAACACAUCAGAAAAUUUGUAUAGUGAAUUCCUUAUGAACAUUAUUGGUGAGGUGAAGGAUAUACGUUUAAAAUUUAAGGGGAAUGUACAAAUUUCUCAACUUUAUAACGCAAAUAAUAAUAUAUUCAAAGAGUUCAUAAAUGAUAACAAAUUAUUUAAAUUUAUGUAUUUCAGCAAUUUUAAAUAUGAAAAGGAAUUCUUAGAAAAUCUAAACUUUCGUGUAAUUCCUAGCACAGUAGAAUUGAGUAACUUUCUGCUAAUUCUAAUUAAUGUUAUAAAAAGGAUAAAUGAUAAUAAUAACAAUGAUAAUAAUAGUAAUAGUAAUAAUAAUAAUAAUAAUAAUAAUAAUAAUAAUAAUAAUAAUAAUAAUAAUAAUAAUAAUAAUAAUAAUAAUAAUAAUAAUAAUAAUAAUAAUAAUAAUAAUAAUAAUAAUAAUAGUAGUAGUAAUAAUAAUAAUAAUAAUAAUAGUAGUAGUAAUAGUAAUAAUAAUAAUAAUAGUAGUAGUAAUAGUAAUAAUAAUAAUAAUAGUAGUAGUAAUAGUAAUAAUAAUAAUAGUAAUAGUAAUAGUAAUAGCAAUAAUAAUUUGUUAGUCAAAGUUAAUAUAGAAAAUAUAUACAGUAACAUAAACUUAGACUGCAGCAGGUAUAAUACAUUAUUUAAUGAAGAACAUUUUAAUAGAAAAAUUGAUUGCAUUUUAAAAUACAUCAAUGAUAACAUAAAAUUUUUACUUAAAAAAAGAGACGAAUAUUUUGCUUAUUUAUUUACGUGUCUAAUGGAUCUAUUAAUCAGUACGAAAGAAUUUACAGCAAAAUUAAAAAAUUAUAAAGAACUGGAACGAUAUUAUAAGUGUAAGAGCAAAGGAGUAGUUCCAUAUUCCUUUGACGGAACAAACAACAAAUAUAAUGAAUUAACAUCAGAUGAAAACGACAAUGAAAAUGAGAAUGAAAAUGAGAAUGAAAAUGAAAAUGAGAAUGAAAAUGAGAAUGAAAAUGAAAAUGAAAAUAAAAAUGAAAAUAAAAAUGAGAAUGAAAAUGAGAAUGAAAAUAAAAAUGACAUAAACAAUGUCAAAGAUUGUGAUUAUGCGAGCAGUGGUAAAUGCGAAGAUAGAGAUCAUGAAAAAUAUGUACACAAAAAUAGUGCGAUUACUGAUGAACAUGGUGCUGGUCAAAUGGAGGAUUUUAAAUAUAGUAACAAAUACGAUAAUGAGGUCGAAAAAAAUAAAUAUGAGAAAAUAUGUGUAAUUAAUAUAAAUAGCAGAGAAAAUUGUAAAUUGAGUAAAAGUAAAACGUUAUGA